CAACAGACUAAGGGGGGUUCCAUCCAGCUUGGGCCCAGCGACUGCUCCAACAGCUUUCCCUGGCUCUUCCCCUCGAGACAUGGGGUUUGCCCAAGAUGGAUGCCAAUCUCUCACUUCCAGCAUCUUUGCUUCUUUCCACUUCAGCACCCUGAUGGGUCUCAGCUGCCUCUUCUUUACUUUCCCGUAAGUAUGAAGGCGGAUCCGGGAUGUCCGAGUCAAGGAGCAGCAGUUGGCAAUUCCGCUCGGCUGGCCAUUUUGAAUUGAACGAUCCCAUCUUAGGGUAGGGCAGCAGAGGUAAGAGGCUUGCUGGAUCAGACCCAAAGGGUCAGCUGGUCUCACUCGAUCCCAACAAAUGGUCUACCUAGAGGUGCUACGCAAUACCUUUUCUGUACUUGUAAUAUCUUAGUCCCUGCAAUCUGGAGCAGCAGAAUACAAGCUUCCUCCAUCUUCCAUGGGGCAGCCCUUUAGAUCAGGGGUCGGCAGAGGUUUUUAGCCACGGGCCGGUCCACUGUCCCUCAGACCUUGUGGCAGGCCAGAGAAGCAGCACCGGGGGUGGGGAGCUGGAAGAAGAGGCGAGGGGGCAAGUAGUCCUCCCCCCCCCCAGUCGCUGUACUUACCUUCACAGGGGCUGCCACCACCACCGCUACUUCUCGUGGGUUGGCAGAGGGAGCUUGUCCGCUCCACUCUCUGGCCCACAGGAGCACCAAGGCGACGGCGGCAGAGGGAAGAUGAGCAGCGCGAAAGGGCUGACUCCGGAGGAGAGGGGCUGCGUAAAAUGGCGCUCAGCCAGCUCAGCCCAGCCCCCUUCCUCCUCUAGGCAGGGCGGGGAGAAGCCAGGAGGGAGGGAGGGAGGAGGCACCGCCUCAGUGGGGGGUGAUGGAAUGGCACGGGGGGGGGGGGAAUGGCGCAGCCCAAACAAACAAAAUCCCCACACUGAUCCACGGACAGUCCGCGGGCCAGAUCCUGAAGGCAACUGGGCCUGAUCUGGCCCGCGGCCCUUAGUUUGCUGACCGACCCCUGCUUUAGAUAUUUGAAGAUGGCUAUCCUAUCAUCUCUCAGUCUCCUCCAGGCUAAACAUGCCAAACUCCUUCAACCAUUCCUCAUAAGGCUUGGCUUCCAAACUUUUGGUCAUCUUGCUUGUCCUCCUCUGCAUGCAUUCCAGCUUGUCAAUACAGUGGUACCUCGGGUUAAGAACUUAAUUCGUUCUGGAGGUCCAUUCUUAACCUGAAACUGUUCUUAGCCUGAGGUACCACUUUAGCUAAUGGGGCCUCCCGCUGCCGCCGUGCCGCUGCCAUGCAAUUUCUGUUCUCAUCCUGAAGCAAAGUUCUUAACCUGAGGUACUAUUUCUGGGUUAGCGGAGUCUGUAACCUGAAGUGUCUGUAACCUGAAGCGUAUGUAACCCAAAGGUACCACUGUAACUAAAAGGCUGUCACAUGGAAGAUGGAACGAGUUUCCUUUCUCCUGGAGGGUAGAACCCGAACCAAUGGUUUCAAGUUACGAGAAAGGAGAUUCUGACUUAACAUCAGGAGGAACGUUCGGACAGUGAGAGCUGUUUGACAGUGGAACAGUCUCCCUCAGACGGUGGUGGACUCUCCUUCCUUGGAGGUUUCUAAGCAGAGGUUGGAUGGCCGUCUGUCAUGGAUGCUUGAGCUGAGAUUCCUGCAUUCCAGGAAGUUGGAGGAGAUGAGCCGCAGGGUCCCUUCCCAUUCUAUGAUUCUUAAACUGUGGUGGGCACAGGACCUUUUUCUUCCAAGGUUAGCUUCUUCUGUGGGCCGAAGCCAAGGUCUCGCCCCAGCCUCCACCUGCUUCCUCCCACAGGUGCAGCUGGCUGGCCCUCCAUGUGUCCUGGGCCUUCCCUGCCAUCUCCGGCCUCCUCUUCAUCCCAACCAUUAUCUACUUCCUCCUCACCAGUUUCACAGACACUGGAAUCCUCCACAAAGGUAAGUGUGCAGGGGCUGCCUUUCCACCCUGCCACCCUACGACCAAGCUGUAAGAUCUGGACUCUCUCCAUGCAGAUUGAAGGUGUAAACAGGUGAAUAAACCAUAUUUCUUAAGGCUACGACAGUCUCCGCUGUGCCUCAACCCUCCAAAGGAACACAGACCUGGCAUGAGUGCCCUAGAACCCCCUGGAAUCUUGCAGAGUGAGGGUGGCACCCAACCUUUGUAACACUAUUUCUAAAAAUGGAGGACUUUGGAUCAAAGAUUAUCAAGUGAAUCGGAGAAUUAUACAUCGGUACCUUGGUUCUCAAACUUAAUCUGUUCCGGGAGUCCGUUCCAAAACCAAAGCGUUCCAAAACCAAGGUGCGCUUUCCCAUAGAAAGCAAUGCAAAACGGAUUAAUCCGUUCCAGGCUUUUAAAAACAACCCCUAAAACAGCAAUUUAACAUGAAUUUUACUAUCUAACGAGACCACUGAUCCAUAAAAUGAAAGCAACAAACAAUGUACUGCAGUCACACAAUCAAUCAAUCAGUAACUGAACUGGGCUCCAUACAGUCACAAAAACAAAACAAAAAGAGCCCAGAAAACAAAAACGCAAAAUAAAUAGCAGAAACAGACGGACCUCAGCAUAACACUCAAAACGGAAGUGUAACACUCAAAUCGGCACACGUUCAACUUCUGAAAAAAGUUCGCAAACCGGAACACUUACUUCUGGGUUUGCAGUGUUUGGGUUCCAAUUUGUUUGAGUACCAAGGCGUUUGAGAACCAAGGUACCACUGUAACUCUGUUAGGAAAAUGGGGGAGUCUCCUAAAAGUUCCCAGAAUCCUUUGGGGGAAGCCAUGACUGUUUAAAGUGGCAUCACAGCGCUUUAAAUGUGUCUUUCUUCUUCUUCUUCUUCUUCUUCUUCUUCUUCUUCGGCGAUCCCUUGUAGCCGAGUAAGAUUGUCUUCCAUAAACACGGUUUUAACAAUGAGUCCGUAAGUGACUGUGGAGGCCAAUUCUGGAUCCACACGUCCUUCCACAGUGGGGACAUUGGUUUCCAGGCGGGAGUUGAUCCCGGUGAGGGUUUGCCAAGCGUGCCUUCCUCUUAGCACGUUUCUCCCUUGCGUCCUGAGUUCGAGUGUCUUCAAAGCCCACGACACCUUUGGUCAAGGCUGUUCUCCAACUGAAGCGCUUGCAGGCCAGUGUUUCCCAGUUGUCAGUGUUUAUUCUACAUUUUUAAAAAUUUGCCUUGAGACAGUCUUUAAACCUCUUUUGUUGACCACCAGCAUUACGCUUUCCAUUUUAAAGUUCGGAAUAGAGUAGUCUUUAAAUGUGUGAUGUCCACAUGGCCUGACUCUGAAGCCGCCUUCUCCCUUCUCUGCUUCCUUCCACGGCCAGGCAUUGAAGAAGAGCUGGCGAACCAGGCCUUCACCAUGAAAGACCUCAACCAGCACUGGUGCAACAAAUGCCAGCUCUACUGCCUGCAGCACACUUUCCACUGCUCCUGGUGCAACACCUGUGUGGAGGUAAAGAACGACAGCGGCCCCUAGGGGCAGAGGAGAGGAGGAGGAGGAGGAGCUCGACUUGGUUCGCAUUUAAAGUAAAACCUGUUACCUAGUUUGCACUUUCUGGAGCACGGUGCAAACUGAAAUGCAGCCACGCUUCAAAAUUUGGCACGUCUCAGAAUUUUGCGGCGCAGUUCUCCGGUCAAGCUCUGUGUGCAACAAUGCAUAUACUGCUGCAAGGUAUAUGCAAAAAGGCAAUAUAUUGGGGGAUAUUACUUGCGAAAAUAUGUAUGUUAGUGAAAAAUGCAUACAGGAAAAGUGUUUUGCACCUGGGGUGCAAAAUGCGGCUGAGCUGGACAGAAGGUUCCUUGGAAGUUCAAAGGUCAGGGCCCUGGGGUGCUCCCCGAAGCGCCGUGUCCUAACUCUCUGGCCCCACCUGCAGGAAUUCUUUCCUUUCCUUUCCUUUUAUUCAUUUUUCUUUUUCAUUCAUUACACACAUCUCAUAUUCAUAACAUUUGCUAUGCAUUCCUUCCUCCCUCCCCUCCUAGGCUUCCCCCAACUUCAACUUCUGCUUCCGAUUUGUUUCUCCUUUCACCCACUUUGCUGCCUCCUAAAAGAAAAAAAAUACAAAUAACGUAUUUAUACAAUAACAUCAAACCUAAAAACAUAAAAAUAACAGUGAAUACACCAUAUUAUUUCUCUAUCUACACAUUUUCUAAUACUAAUAAUGUGGAUGUUCAUUUAAAUCCUACCAUCAAGUCUAUAGACUUUCUUUGUUUCUGCAAGUUUAAUAUAAAUGGUUCCCAUUCUUUUUCAAAGUCUCUGUUGUCUUUUUCUCUUAAUCUGUCUGUCAUUUUUGCCAGUUCUGCAUAGUUCAUCAACUUCUCUUGUCGUUGUUCUUUAGUUGGUAUUUCUCCAGUCUUCCAAUUUUGUGCAAUCAACAUUCUUGCUGCUGUAGUGGCAUACACGAAUAAAGUCCUUGUUAUGUACUGAAGUUCUCACCCUGGGCCAACAGGGGGAUACAGUGGUGCCCCGCAAGACGAAUGCCUUGCAAGACGAAAAACUCGCUAGACGAAAGAGUUUUCCGUUUUUUGAGUCGUUCCGCAAGACGAAUUUUCCUACAGGCUUGCUUCGCAAGACGAAACGUCUUGCGAGUUUGUUUCCUUUUUCUUAAAGCCGCUAAGCCGUUAAUAGCCGCUAAGCCGCUAAUAGCCGUGCUUCGCAAGACGAAAAAACCGCAAGACGAAGAGACUCGCGGAACGGAUUAAUUUCGUCUUGCGAGGCACCACUGUACUGUAGAUAGUUUUCAUUCAGGUCCACAUAUGCAAAUAAGGGGUUGAAAGUGACAUUCUGUGAUUGGAUAGUUACAGAAAGUAGUUACAGUUGCGUUGUACUGGAGCUCUAUAUAAGCAGGCUGGCUGAACCCUGCAGUUCAGUUCUGUUCUGGCCUGUGAAUAAACAAGAGCUGUUUGAAGAAUCGCUGUGUCGUCUGAUAUGUUCACCCACAACUCAACAGUCCUCUUUUCUUUCGGUAUAUCUUGGCUUAAAAUACCUAAUAAAAAGGCUUCUGGUUUUGUUUUUUUUACAAAAGUUAUUUUCAACAUUUUCUUCAAUUCAUUAUACUGUAUAUCACCUGCAGGAAUUCGACCACCACUGCAUGUGGGUCAACAACUGCAUUGGCUACCACAACCUCCGCUUCUUCAUCUUCUUUGUGACCUUCCUGAGCGGCUACGACCUGGCGGUGCUGGCAUCCUGCCUGGUGUACCUGGCAUUCAACUCCCAGCAGGCUUUCAGCGUGGAGAAGAUCUGCACGUAUCCUUCAGAGAGAAGUUCCCCUCCCUCUCCUGUAACGCUGGGAUUCACGUUCAACACUCACGGCUUUUCCCAGAGAAUCCUGGAACCUGCUGAGGGUGCUGAGAGCUGUUAGGAGACCCAGAUUCCCCUCCCAGAAUUCUCUGCUGCUUCUUUCUUUCUUCUUUGAUGGUCACUUGUAGCCGAGUAAGAUUGUCUUCCAUAAACACGGUUUUAACAGUGAGUCCAUAAGUGACUGUGGAGGCCAGUUCUGGAUCCAAACAUCCUUCCCCAGUGGGGAGAUAGGUUUCCGGAUGGGAGUUGAUCACAGUGUGGAUUUGCCAAGUGUGCCUUCCGCUUAGCACAUUUCUCACUUGCGUCCUACAAAGAGGGAUUGAUUACUAAACCACUCCAAGAAUUGUAGCUUAGAAUUCUCAACCCCCUUAACAAAUGGCAGCUCCCAGUAUCUUUUAGGGGAAGCCAUGGCAGUUUUAGUGCUUAAAUGCAUGGUGAAAAUGUGGCUUUAUUUUAUAUUAUUAUUCUUGUUGUUGUUGCUGUUGUUGUUAUACCACCCUAUACCCAGGGGUUAAAUCAAGAUAUAAAGCCACAAAAUACAUAAGAAAAAUAGUAAAAACAACCCAAUAACACACACACACACACACACACACACACACACACACGUUUUUUAAAGGGCAUAGGAUGUAAAUCAGAUCAACUAAAGGCCUGGUUAAAAGGGAAUGUUUUUGCUUGGCACCUAAAGGUGUAUAAUGAAGGUGCCUAGAGAACUUCCCUGGGGAGAGCAUUCCACAAAUGGGGAGCCACUGCAGACAAGGCCCCAUUCUCAUGUUGCCACUGUCUGGACCUCUCGAGGAGGAAGCACACGAAGAAGAAGAAUAGUUUUAUUAUAUGUCACCCAUAUGACUGGGUUUCCCCAGCCACUCUGAAUGGCUUCCAACAAAGUAUUAAAACACUAUAAAACAUCAAACAUUAAAAACUUCCUGAUACAAGGCUGCCUUCAGAUCUCUUCUAAAAGUUGUGUAGCUCUUUAUCUCCUUGACAUCUGAUGGGAGGGCGUUCCACAGGGUGGGCGCCACCACCGAGAAGGCCCUCUGCCUGGUUCCCUGUAGCUUCACUUCUCACAGGGAGGGAACCACCAGAAGGCCCUCAGAGCUGGACCUCAGUGUCUGGGCUGAAUGAUGGGGGUGGAGAUGCUCCGUCAGGUCUACAGGGCCGAGGCCGUUUAGGGCUUUCAAGGUCAGCACCAACACUUGGAAUUGUGCUUGGAAACUUAAGUGCGUCCUCCAAGCUGUGACGACUAGCUCAGUCAAAUAUUGCUGAAAGAUUACGCAUCUAUCACGGAGCCACCUCACCGUGACCUCCCACCAGCCAACCAUCCCAGGCUGUCAGCAACACAGAGGAGCACUCAGCCAGCAGCUGCAAUUCAUGGAGGCUCCUUGGAAUGCAAGGCUUUCCCAAAAACCUGCCUUUGCAUAGCACACACCUAGCAGAUGAAGACCAGGCUACAGUGACUAUGCAUGGAGAAGCCUGGUCUUCAUCUGCUCUGGUUAUCUCCUGCUUGGACUACUGCAAUGCGCUUCACCUGGGGCUACCUUUGAAGGUGACCCGGAAACUACAACUCAUCCAGAAUAUGGUUGCCAGACUGGUGACUGGGGGCGGCCGCCGAGACCACAUAACACUGGCCUUGAAAGACCUACAUUGGCUCCCAGUAUGUUUCCGAGCAAAAUUCAAAAUGUUGGUAUAUAAAGCUACAAAUGGCCUCGGCCCAGUAGACCUGAAGGAGCAUCUCCACCCCCAUCGUUCGGCCCGGACGCUGAGGUCCAGCUCUGAGGGCCUUCUGGCGGUUCCCGCCCUGCGAGAAGUUACAGGGAACCAGGCAGAGGGCCUUCUCGGUAGUGACACCCGCCCCGUGGAACGCCCUCCCACCAGAUGUCAAAGAGAUAAACAACUACUUGACAUUUAGAAGACAUCUGAAGGCAGCCUUGUAUCAGGAAGUUUUUAAUGUGUGAUAUUUUAAUGUAUUUUUAAUCUUUGUUGGAAGCUGCCCAGAGUGGCUGGGGAAACCCAGCCAGAUGGGUGGGUACAAAUAAUAAAUUAUUAUUAUUAUUAUUAUUAUUAUUAUUAUUAUUAUUCCGUCUUCCUUGACUCCGGUGCUCCCAGAGUGCUGGUGACCAUCCCCACCGCGUUCUACUUGGUGCCUCUGCUCCUCCUGGUUUGCACCCAGAUCAGAUACAUCUUAACUGCUCAUCACAGCUGCAAAUUCCAGGUACCGCGUGCAGAUGCAGGGGCAAACAUGGCUGAGGAGAGAAACUGCUCCCUGUGAGUGGAGCCGCCUGGUCUGAGUUCCUGGGGAUGUAGAGCACCAAAGGAUGGUGGCCAGAGCUGUGUGUGCUGCUGUGCACCAUCGCAUGCGGACAAACUUUGAGAGCUCCCCAAGCCCUUGACCCCGAGCCCAGCAGAGACUGCCUGUUGCUGCUGCUUCCCUUUCCAUCUCUGACCUCCCUCAUCUCUCUCCACAGGCUCUGUCCUUCAAGCAACCUUUGGCCUUGAACAGGCAGGACUCAGGGUGGUGCAAGAGGCACAGAACCAAGUGCGUGACUCGGGGCUCAGGGCUUAGCCAUCCUUCUUCGGGGGUGACCUCCGGGUGUGGAGGGUUAGGGGCUGCCAUCCAGAUAGGGGAAAUCUUUAGCUGGCAGGUGACGGAAUCACAUUCCUUGCUUGCUUUUAUUACAGUGGUACCCAGGGCCGUCUUAAGCAUACCCAGUGCUGUGGUGCAAAGCUCCCUCCUGCCCUCCCCCCGUUUCCCUUGGUUUUUAGGGAGGGAGGAAGUCCAACACCAUCUCCUUUGUCUUGCUGAUAUUAAGAUGAAAGUUGUUCCCUAGGCACCAUGUAGAUAUUUUUGGACCUCCCCUCUAUACGCUCAUGAGGAGUGGGCAGUGUUAAGUUGUGGGUGAACAUAUCAGAUGACACAGCGAUUCUUCAAACAGCUCUUUUUUAUUCACAGGCCAGGACAGAACUGAACUGAAGCGUUCAGCCAGCCUGCUUAUAUAGAGCACCAGUGCAAUGUAACUGUAACAAUUUUCUAAAACUAUCCAAUCACUGAACGUCACUUUCGAUCCCUUAUUUGCAUAACUAUCUACAGUAUCCCCCUGCUGGCCCAGGGUGAGAACUUCAGUACAUAACAGGCAGGCAUGGAGGAGGCGGCACCCGUGUGGCGCACUCUGCAGAGGCUGAAUUUCAGAAAAAGCGCUCAGUAAAUACCGGGUGCAAUCUAACCACCUUCACACAAGCUUUGCGCAAGCAAAUAGGGAGGAUGCUCAAUGAGCCAGUUGCCUGGAGGAGCUCUUAAGUCAGAAGAUAGUCCCUCCCACCACAAUGACACGCCCACCCCUGUUUCAUCUGCACCUCCCUCCUUUCCAUGCUCUUCUUGCAGGUACAGAGUGAGGUCCUCCGGAGUGAUGGCCCUGGGGGCCGCCGAGGCCGCUGAGCUCUGCCACGUCCCCUGGGUCUCCAGCAUGGGUUCGGCCAUCCCCGGCUCCUGCCCUCACAGCUGCUCCCAAGACCUGUCCCGCCAGCAGAAGGUGCUCAAGGCUUGGCGCCACUUCCUGUCCGCCAUGGGGAGCCUUUUGCACCGAGAGGGUCCCAGGCUGGGAGGAGCGUUGGCAGAAAAGGCAGAGAAGCAGGUGAGCAGGGGGUGGAAAGAUAUGCCUGUGGGAUUGCCGUUUGCCUGACGCAUGGGCCCGUCCGCACCUCAGUUUGAUGUGGAAUAGGUACCCAUUGCGUGCCCUUUGAUUCCCAGGUUCAAGGUGCCCUUAACAACUCGGGACCAGUUCACCUAAGAGAUCGCCUUGCCCCAUAUAUUUCAGUGGAACUUUCAGGUGCCACCCAGCACCUGUUUCACAUCCGAAAAACUCAAACUUGUAGUGUGGCAGCGCCUAGCCUUUGGAACUCCCUGCCUAUUGAUAUCAGGCAGGUGCCUUCGCUGGGCUCUUUUUGGUGCCUGCUAAAAACAUUCUUGUUUAGACAAGCUGGUUCGAAUCCCCGCAACAGGGUGAGCUCCUGUUGCUCGGCCCCUGCUCCUGCCAACCUAGCAGUUCAAAAUCACGUCAAAGUGCAAGUAGAUAAAUAGGUACCGCUUCGGCGGGAUGGGCAAUGACAAACCUAGGCAGCAUCUUAAAAAGCAGAGACAUCACCUUGCCAACAAAGGUCUGUAUAGUUAAAGCUAUGGUUUUCCCAGUAGUGAUGUAUGGAAGUGAGAGCUGGACCAUAAAGAAGGCUGAUCGCCGAAGAAUGGAUGCUUUUGAAUUCUGGUGCUGGAGGAGACUCUUGAGAGUCCCAUGGACUGCAAGAAGACCAAACCUCUUCUUUCUGAAGGAAAUCAGCCCUGAGUGCUCACUGGAAGGACAGAUCCUGAAGCUGAGACUCCAAUACUUUGGUCACCUCAUGAGAAGAGAAGACUCCCUGGAAAAGACCCUGAUGUUAGGAAAGAUUGAGAGCACAAGGGGACGACAGAGGACGAGAUGGUUGGGCAGUGUUCUCAAAGCUACCAGCAUGAGUUUGACCAAACUGCGGGAGGCAGUGGAAGACAGGAGUGCCUGGCGUGCUCUGGUCCAGGGGGUCACGAAGAGGCGGACACGACUAAACAAAAAAAAAACCCCAACAACAACAUGGCGGGUUGGAAAACGGCGUUUCCGUGCGCUGCUCUGGUUCGCCAGAAGCAGCUUAGUCCUGCUGGCCACAUGACCCGGAAGCUGUACUCCGGCUCCCUCGGCCAAUAAAGCAAGAUGAGCGCCACAACCCCAGAGUUGGCCACGACUGGACCUAAUGGUCAGGGGUCCCUUUACCUUUACCCAGAUGUUUAGGAAGCUGGUGCGACUUUUAAUCUGUUUUUAGUCUGUUGUUAUUUUGGAAAGUUUAAGAUGGUUGUUGUUAAUUUUCCUUAGGUGAUGGAGCCAGGGUAGAAGGUUCAGGCGAUCCCUUGGGGUGCCCUGCUCCUAAGUUGUUCAGAGCUUUGCAAAUUAAUUCAAGGACCUUGAACCUGGCUUGGUAGAAGACGAGCAACCAGUGCAGCUGUUUUAACACUGGUGCCAAAUGUUUUCGGCCAGAUGUCGUCGUCCGCAAUGUGGCCACUGCCCUGAGAUCUACACAUGAAGAGCAGUAUACUACUACUACUACUACUAUUACUAAUAAUAAUAAUACAAAACACGCCAGCUGGAGUUUCCAAACCACGCCCAAGGGCAGCCUCACAAAUAAGGCAUUCCAGUAACCUAGCCACAAUUUUACUAAUGCAUAGGCCACAGGGGUCAGGAUGAUCAGGAUGAACACGUUGCCUGGAGGAGCCUUGGCUAUGGCCUUUGAGAGUUGCAGUGUGGGGAGUGGACCUGCCUAACCCCAACCUGGUGCCCUCUGGCUAUUUUGAAUUGGUACCUCCCUCUCAUCAGCCUCUGCUAGCGUAGCCUUUGGGAAAGGUUGCGGUAGACAGGAUGGGAGAAGGCCUGAGGUCUUGACAACAUGAGGAGAAGCUCCUGCAAACCUUCAUUGCAGGGGUUGGACUACACUAGACAGUCCUUUGGGUCACUUCCAACUUUGCAGUUCUAUGAUUCUAUGACCCAAGCGCAGGGCAAGCAAGGUUGCAGCCCCUUUGUUGGGGCUAGGGACAAAUCGAGGAGGCCCAGAAGAAAACAAAGAUUGCUGUGCAUUGCGGUGCCUUCCCAUUCAGCGAUGCUCCUCCUUCCAGGUUUUUAGCAUCAGUCUUUAACAUCAGCAGUCAGGAGCUUUUCAGCCCUGUUUUUGAGUUUGUUUAAAAUCUAAAACGACUUUUCUCGUAUUCCUUUGUAAGUUUUUUUGUUAAACCUUUUUGUAAAUGCAAUACUAGAGUUUUUACAGCUGAGUCUUCAAUUUCUUAUUACUACUGCUUGGCUCUCUUAAAUAGGGCUAUGUCUAAACCUUGUCCUUGAGGUUUUCAUACCUUUUUUGUAAACUCAGUGAAGCGUUUCAGGACUGCUCUUGAGUUUGUUUAAAAUCAUUGAAGGUUUAAAAUUUCUUUAUUUCCUUCUGAGGAAACGGAUGAGUUCAGUGAAACGAGUUUUGUAGCCGGCAUCUCGUUAAGUCUUUGUUUAAUUCUAGGUUAAUUUUUUCCCUUAAACUUUUUCAUUUUUGUUAUUUAGUUUAACUCUAUAUCUGAUUACUGAUCGUUUCAGGGAUUUGCACUGCAUUUCAUUUCUUGGUAAGGGACCCAGGUGGCGCUGUGGGUUAAACCACAGAGCCUAGGACUUGCGGAUCAGAAGGUCGGUGGUUCAAAUCCCCGCGACGGGGUGAGCUCCCGUUGCUCGAUCUCUGCUCCUGCCCACCUAGCAGUUCGAAAGCACGUCAAAGUGCAAGUAGAUAAAUAGGUACCGCUCCGGUGGGAAGGUAAACGGCGUUUCCGUGCGCUGGUUUGCCAGAAGCGGCUUAGUCAUGCUGGCCACAUGACCCGGAAGCUGCACACCGGCUCCCUCGGCCAGUAAAGCGAGAUGAGCACCGCAACCCCAGAGUCGGCCAUGACUGGACCUAAUGGUCAGGGGUCCCUUUACCUUUACCUUUAAUUUCUUGGUUCCGUGACUGUCUUUUUUCCACUGCCUCCUUCCAGGUUGGCAAGAAGAAAUCUAGCUGGCAAAUGAACAGCCAAGAGAGGAUGGUGGAGAUCCCAAGUGAGUAGAUCUCCUGCUGCGGCUGACAAAUCCCAGCCAGCCUCUGCAGUGGUCCACUGAGGGGCAGAGAAGGCUGCUGGGGUAGAUGGGUGGAUGCUGAACAGGUAAGGCAUCAACGUGUGCUUACCUGAGAAGGGCGCUGCGUCAUGUGACCACUUUUAUAGGUGAGUCUUAGAUCAAUCUCUCCCUGUAUUCCCACAGCAGAGGUCUGCAACAGCUGUUUCUGGCAGCAUUUAUGUUCCAACAACUGCCAGGUAUAACAAUUGCGUGAAGGGAAACCUGGGAACGCUUCAUCCUCACCCAGAAAAAAACCCAAGGACAAAUAACUAUUCCAAAAUCAUAUAUGCACCAACACUUUGGACUUCCUGUCUAUCCCGUUGUAUAUUCCUUUUUUUACAAAUGGAUGUACUCUUAUAAAUAACCUUUUUUGACACCUGGGAAUUUCAGUCUGAAUUAUCCCCAACAGAAAGGACUCUGGUUUUUUGGGACAGUACUUUUAAUCAUUUUUUUUCAGUUCAUUAUGGAUCAUCUCCCAGUACUCUUUUUACCCUUUUACAAGUCCACCACAUAUGAAAGAAGGUUCCUUCCACCUCUUUGCAUCUCCUUCACUUCUCUGAUUGGGACUUAUAAAUCUUAGCAAGUCUACUCAGAGUUAAAUACCAUCUGUUAUUUUCUUUCCCUGCCAGUUCCCGACAUGCUGGAUUCUGUGGAGCUUCUGGACCCGGAUCAAGACCUGCACUGGAAAUGCCAGAUCCACGGGAGCCGGCGACCUGCUUCCUCUCCCACGGCCACCCUCCUCUCCGUGUCCGAUAUCUGAAGUGGGGUCUCACAGCCUUCUCCUUUUCUUUCCAGUGAACCUAGUUUUGUGAAGCGAAAACUGGAUAAAAGCGUUUGUAAAGUCGCCA